CAAGUGAAUGACAGAAUAACAAGUGAAAGAUCUGAUCUCUGUUGCUUUCUGCUAUUAAAUAAUGAUUCACUUGAACUGAUUCUAACUGUAUUUCUGUGUGUUUUAGACCAGGUGAGAGUGAAAGAGGAAAGACAAGAACUGAAUGAAGUGAAGGAGGAACAUCAUAACUUUACAAUUAAAAGAACAAAAGCCAAAAAGACGCACACCUGCACUCAGUGUGGAAAGAGUUUCACUCAGAAAGUACACUUGAACACACACAUGAGAAUUCAUACUGGAGAGAAACCGUAUAAAUGCACUCACUGUGGAAAGAGAUUCUCACAUGAAGGAAACCUUAACACACACAUGAGAAUUCACACUGGAGAGAAACCGUACACAUGCACUCAGUGUGGAAAGAGUUUUACUCAAGCAUCAACUCUCAGUUAUCAUCUGCUCAUUCACUCUGGAGACAAACAAUUUAACUGUGAUCAGUGUGGUAAAGAUUUUGUUUCAUCAGCACAUCUAAACCAACACCUGAAAGUUCAUUCAGAUGAGAAGCCUUAUGUGUGUUCUCUCUGUGGAAAGAGUUUUUCAUGGCUGAACGGUUUUAAACUGCACCAGAAAACACAUGAUGGAGUGAGAGAUCAUGUGUGUUGUGACUGUGGGAAGAGAUUUAUUACAUCUGGUGAUUUGAAACUGCAUCAAAGAAUUCAUACUGGAGAAAAACCUUACAAGUGCUCACAUUGUGACAAGAGUUUCUCUCAGGCUGGAUCUCUGAAAUCACACGAGCGAGUUCACACUGGAGAGAAGCCGUACGACUGUACUCAGUGUGGGAAGAGUUUCACAAAGAAAGGAACCCUUGACACGCACAUGAGAAUUCACACUGGAGAGAAACCGUAUACAUGCACUCAGUGUGGAAAGAGUUUUUCUCAAGCAUCAGGUUUCAGUUAUCAUCUUCUCCGUCACUCUGGAGAAAAAAAUGGAGUGAGAGAGCAUAUGUGCUCUGACUGUGGGAAGAGCUUUACUAAAUCUAGUGAACUGAAACAGCACCAAAGAAUUCAUACUGGAGAAAAACCUUACAAGUGCUCAUACUGUGACAAGAGUUUCAAUCAGUCUGGAUCCCUGAAAUCACACGAGCGACUUCACACUGGAGAAAAGCCGUACGCCUGUACUCAGUGUGAUAAGAGUUUCAAACAAUCAAGUCAUCUAGGGAUUCAUAUUAGAAAGUAUUGUUCUACGUCACAGUAAGCAAAUGUUUUGUUAGAUUUACAUAAUAAACUUGCGUUGCUGUGAAUGCCACAAGAUUUGUGUUUCAUAUGUUGGAGAACAAGGAUAUUAUUGAAAAGUAUUUUAAUUGAACGCUUACUCAAAGAAAUACUAAAAUGAAAAGAGACUGGAAACAAAUGCAGAAAAACAGCAACAAUCAGUUAUUUUUAAAUAUAUGUUACGUCUGUAGGUAUUUUUUGGGAGUUUCGUGUUUGUUUUCUCUUAGGCCGUCCUUCCUCGAUCACUGAUUGGUUCAGGUCAUCAAUGAGGGAUGUGUCGACCUAUCUGCUGUCCGCAAUGUUCCCGCUGCCAGAUUAAAGAAAGCUGGAGAAGGAAGUUCCGUUGUGUUUCCGGUUCUGCCGUCGUUAUGAUUUCUGUUUUCGUUUGGGACUCGUUUGAUUUGUUACUUGAUUAUCCUUGUUUGUGUAUGUUAAUUCUUAGUUAAAUCUUACUUUGUUUGAUUAACUUCUUGUUUUUGGACGUCGUUUGUUUUCCGAUCUGUGUAGAGUUCGCGCUCUUUGUUGUUUACCUUUGCUCUAAUGGGGAUAGGAAUGUUGUACGACUUCCAUUGUGCAACAUUUAGAUAACUCUGUGUUUAGAAACCCCAGCCAGGUAAGAGGUGACAUUGUAUGUUUUGUUUAGUUAGUUUAGGAUAGGGAAGAAUACGGCCCUUGGCGCUGAAGAAACGGUUCUUUUAUUUUUCCUUUUCAUUAGUUAGGUAAGAGGUUUGAAAUGAUUUAGAAUUGUUUUCUUUUGUUUCUUUCUCUAUUUUUUUGGCGUCACUAGAGUCCCCUUUUCUUUUAGUAGUUUUUUUUUCUCAAUAGUGUUUUGUUUUGCUUAUUGUAAAAUUGUAGGCUAUUUUGUUGGUGGCUUUCAGCCUCAAUAUUGUUGUGCAUUUUUUUUUUUUGAUGGUUUCUUUUUCCUUUUUUGUAUAUAAUAAAUUACAUUUCUCAUUGA